AUAACCCGAAUGGUUACAUUUUUCAAUAUUAGGUAAGCAGCUAUUUUAUAAUAUUAAAUCACACAUUAUUAAAUUAUUUGGUUAUCAACCCGGGACAUUGCGAGUGUGUGGACGUACUGAAAAAGUUUAGGCUACUUAGCGUCCCAACAUAGCUAGCUAGCUCACUAGUCUAACAGCAGCUUAAUAAUGGUGUUAAACAAGAUCGGAGUUAUUGUAAAACAAAAGUAAUUAUUUUUUCCUGUCUAGCUGAUUUAAUUUAAUUUAAUGGAUCCGAACUCUAAGGAUGAACGGAGCUCACCUCUCCUGCAAUGCGAGUACUUCGUUCAGGUUCAGGGGGAAUGUGAUCAAUCUGAAAGAAGUAACGUUAAAAGGAUAGAGGGAGGCAAAGAGGGAUUAUCUCAUGCCGCUAAAAAGAUGGAGGAUUUCAAUGAAGCAUUGAAAAGAGUGACCAGUAUGUCAGCAAUGCUGCAAUCCGCUCGAAAACCUUCACAAAAGACAGACGGCCCAGGGCUCUCUCAGCGUGUGGACAACUGUGGUGACUGCCUGUUGGACACUGCCAGUAAAUCAGACCGAAUGGCACAACUGGAACAAACGGUGAGUAGACUGAAGAAUGCCCUGAUCUCACUGGAGGAGGAAAACCUGUGCCUCAAUAAGAAGGUUAAAGGAAGCAUCCUGGCUGAAGAGACGGUCGACUGCAGCGGUCCUGGUCCCAAACCCACAACACCCUCAGAGAGGCCCAACACUGACCAAACCCCCCACGAGUGGCCAAAACAAGUGGUGCAUUCCCAAAAUGCCGAGGUGCAGCAGGAGACAAGCAAGAAGGAAGACGCAUCCAGCGGAGACCAGCAGCGUGAAGAUGCAGAGGAGGAGAAGCAGGACGUUCACAGGAAGCUGAAGAAGGUGGAGGAGUACUGCAAGGAGUGCACCAAAGAGCUGGGCCGAGUCCUUCGGAAAUACGAGGAGCUCCGCGCACAGAACAAAGCCCUGGAGAAACAGUGCAAGCAGCUGACGUCCAAGAACCAGAGGCUGGCAAACAGCCAGAAGGGGGAGCCGCUGACCACCCCGGAGGACAGGAUCGGCGCCAAGGUGCUGCUGGACCAGGCCAACGAACGCUGCACCUUGGUGGGCCGAGAGAAGGACCAGCUGGAGGGCAAGGUGCAGAGUUUGACGAGUGAGGUGACGCGACUGAGGGAGGAGCUGGGAGGCAGCAGGCUGGAGACCCAGAAGGCCCAGGACCAAGGCGCCCUCCUGGAAGCGGAGGCCAAGGCCGCGGCGGGCAGGAUGGGCGAGGAGGCCUGGCGUCUGCAGGGCAAGCUGCGGGAGAGCGAGGAGAGGUGGGAGCUGUACGAGAGCGCCGUCAGGAAGCUGAGGGAGGAGCAGGACGGGCUGGAGAGCUGCCUCCGCACCGUGCAGAAGGAGAGGGACCUCCUGCAGCUGGAGGUCAGGAAACUGCACCAGGAGUACAUCGAGCUGAGCGGCAGCAUCUCCCAGCAGCUCAGAGCGAAGAACUCCAGCAGGCCCAGCUCAUCGCUGGGGCCUCAGGACGCUCCCAUUUUCAGCAGCUUAUUCACCAGACAGGACAAAGUAAUAGGCGAAGAGAAAAUUGACCAGAUAAGAAAGAGGCUGGAGGAAGAAGAUCUGAUAAGAGCCCAGAAAUACAAAGAUAUGAUCGAUCAGUCAGCGUGACAAUCUGUCUGAGAUUUUAGUUUUUGCUUCAGUGCAGUCACCUGACACUUUACAUUUCGAGGAUGUUGUUACCUGGCAAGACAGGCUUAUUUUUGUGUUAUUUAAAAAAAAAAAAUUAAUUAUAUAUAAAAAGUUAUUAUUCAAAUUAAAUUAAUUUCACUGUGCAGGACUAUGAUCAGGGUUAGGGUCAGAGCGAAAAGGCACAAGGCAAUCGAUGACAUCAUCCCCAUUCUGACCAUAUCCCCCAUGGGGCACCCUGUCAACACAUUCUAAUCAAGUGUUGGCUAAGAGCUUGGUGUUCUGAGUCAGCUGCACUGAUUCAAUUAUCUUUAUGGUUGGGAGACUGGAUGAUGAAGGCAUCUCAGGGAAUAGCAUGAGCUAUGAAGAUAAAUCAGUUUGUGCAGUAUUCAGAAUAAUUUUAUAAAAAUGUCCAAAUACUGCAUGUGUUCACGUGUAUCCACUGGAUGGUGUUUGUGGCAUUUUGGGGUUGUUUGUAUUAUUUGUGUACUAUUCUAAAGUAGUAACUUGAUGUAAAUGUAAAUACUCUUAUAAAUACAUUUUGACACAAAUA